AAUCAUAAUCAUAAUAAUAAUAAUACACUAACUAUGCCCCAGACGACUGCCGUCCAUUUGGCCUGUCCUGCCAAGCCAUUUGAGAGGACGCCAUUAUUAAUGUUUCCUCUGUUUAUCGUGUGGUGUGCCUACCAUUCGUGCUAACUGAACACAGCGGCAGUCAGGAGCCUCGUACUGGCUGUGAUUUAGCCUCCGCAGUGAUUCGGAGGGCACGUAAAACUGAAAAGACAGCAUAUGCUGUAACCGCUGAUACUGCAGCACUUGAUCAUGGCGAUGGAGGGUUCCAGCGCACUUUCUCUCAUCACACCGGGCAAGAUUGUCCUCCUGGUGCUGGGCUACUAUGUUCUUCGAUUCUUAUGGCAAAUUAUUUAUUAUCGGCUAUUUCAUCCCCUUUCCAAGUUUCCUGGUCCAUUUUGGGCGUCAGUGACGCGCCUGUGGAUUGCAUACUACAACCUGAGAGGAGAUGAGUAUCGCGUGGUUUACGGCCUGCACAAAAAAUAUGGGCCUGUCGUUCGAAUCACCCCGACGUUACUCAUCGUGAGCGAUGCCACGAAACUCCCUGAGAUCUAUGACCGGUAUGCCGACAAGACAGCCCAUUAUAUCACCGGCAGUUUUGGAAAGACCGAAUCGUUAUUCAACAUGCGGGAUCACAAGAAGCAUGCGUUUUACAGGAAGCUCGCUGCUGGCCCUUAUAGCUUCACCAAUGUCAAGAAAAUGGAGCCACUGUUUGAUCUCCGCAUCAGUCAUUGGAUCUCCAAGAUGGAGGAGAAAUUCGCAAACACCGGCCAGAAGUUCGACUUUGCGCCUUGGGCGGUCUAUAUGGCCUACGAUAUUAUCUCUGAGGUGGGUUUUGGUGCACCAUUUGGUUUCACUGAAAAAGGAGAGGACGUCGGUGGUCUCAUACAAGGUUUCCAUGACGGUCUUCCUGCCUUCGGGCUCAUGGCUCGGCUGCAUCCGUUUACUACAUGGAUCAAGACCACCUGGGUUGGAGACAAAUAUUUGGUUGCGAGUCCUGAGCAGGAAUCGGGCAUUGGUACCUUGAUGCGCUUUCGCGACAGACUUCUCAAAGAGCGAAUCGAAGAUAUGGAAUCCGGCAAGACUAUGUCGAGAACCGAUUUGCUACAGACUUUCCUGGAUGCUCGCAUGGAGGAUGGUAAACCGCUUGACAUGGACUACAUUAAGGCCGAGAUUCUCCUGGUUCUCCUGGCAGGUGCAGACACGACGGGAACUGCCUUCCAGGGCAUGAUGACUCUGAUCUUCAACAACCCAGAUGUAUACGACAAACUCUUGGCAGAGAUUGACAGCGCCACAAGGGCCGGCCAUUUGUCGGAGAUUCCACAGUAUGAAGAAGUGAUCGCUCAUUGCCCGUACUACAUUGCCGUGGUCAAGGAGGCCAUGCGGCUCUGGCCAUCUGCUCCUAACAUUUUCCCUCGCACGGUUGGCGAGCGUGGUCUGACUCUAGCCGGUAAAUUCGUGCCUCCUGGUACCGAGGUGACCUGCAACCCGUGGAUUGUCCACCGUGAUCGGAACAUAUACGGAGAAGAUGCGGAGGAGUUUCACCCGGAGCGGUGGCUCGAUCCUGUCAAGGCCAAGGAAUUCAACAAGUAUAACAUGGGUUUUGGCUAUGGGGCGCGGGUCUGCCUGGGCCGCGAUAUUGCUCUGAUGGAGAUGUACAAGGGCCCCCUGCAGUUCUUUCGCAAAUUCCGUUUGGAAGUGUUGAAUAAGGAGAAGUCGGCGGAGUUUGUUGUCAAGGGUGGUGUUGGGUUUUGGAAAGAUCUUUGGGUUCGGAUCGAGAAACGGGCCCCUGUUGUUUAGAUUUAGCCGGUUCUUGUUGUUUCGCUCGGUAUUAUUCUGUGGCAUUCACCCCUCUGUUUUCCUUCCCGAUGGCAUGUAAUCAAUGACCCAAUUCAUUACCCCCAUCCUCUUCUAAGCUGCUCUUAAGGUGGAGGGGACGGACCCUUCGUCGCCUAUAGAAACAACAUACAGAGUACUCUGCACGGAAUAGAUAGGGUUUGACCCUGACGGGG